GCCAACUCUAGCCAUCACCGUUCCCUUACAAAGCACGGCCGCAGUCCGAUCGGAAAACAUUUCACCCAGUUCCCCGGAGUAGCUUUUAAACGGACCUAGCCAUGUCAGCGAUUCCAGGACGUGCUCUCCACUAUGUCUUCAAGAUCGGCGAUCGGGCUAAAAACGCCUUUUUCUUCCGUCAAAUCCUUGGAAUGAAGGUACUGCGGCAUGAGGAGUUCAAAGAAGGUUGUGACGCCGAAUGCAAUGGGCCCUACGACAACCGGUGGAGCAAAACAAUGGUGGGUUAUGGACCCGAGGAUUCGCAUUUCGUCAUCGAGCUUACCUAUAAUUAUGGAGUUAGCAGCUAUAAAAUGGGCAACGAUUUUGGUGGCGUAACCAUUCAUUCCACGGAAAUUCUCUCGCAGGCCGCCAAGCACUCGUAUCCUGUACAGAAGGUGGCUGGCAAAGGCAGUCUGCUCACCUCACCGGAUGGCUACAAGUUCUACGUAAUUGAGCAGCCAGCGGCCAGCUCCGAUCCCGUCCAGUCGGUGGAGCUGAAUGUCAGCAAUCUGCAAACCUCCCGAAAGUACUGGCACGAGCUGCUUCAAAUGCAAUUGCUUGAUGAGAACAAACAGAGUUUGCGCCUAAGUUACGGAGGAACGCAGGCUACGUUACAGAUCACAGAGAUCAAGGAGCCACUGGACAGGGCCAAAGCUUAUGGAAGGAUCGCCUUUGCCAUUCCAUCGGCCAAGCAGCCACCGCUUCAUGAGGCGGUAAAGGCAGCCAAUGGCACCAUAUUGAAGCCUUUGAUCACCCUGGAUACGCCGGGUAAGGCCACAGUUUCGGUGCUAAUACUCGCCGAUCCGGAUGGCCAUGAGAUCUGUUUCGUUGACGAGGAGGGAUUCGGGGAGCUGUCCCAGGUGGAGCCCGAUGGUGAUGCGAGACUGGAUAAAUAUAUCGCUAAAGAUCCCUUCCAGCCGAAGUGAUGCCUGUGAUCGAUUGUGAAUUUAAUGAUUUAAUAUGUUUUUUUUUUAUGUAUGUACAUACCGUUUUCGUAUUUGAAAUUGUAUUGCAGUUGUUAAGUUCGGUUGCCGGGUGACUUGUAAAGAUAUUAUACACAUAAAAUGUACUUAAAUUUUGUUUACAUAAACUGUCGAUAAACUUA